AUGGGGGUGUCUCGGAUGGGCGUUUGGAGUUGGAGACGGAAUUCGCUCGUCGUACCACUUCCAGAGUGCCUGGCCAUGAGGGCCAAGAUGAGUCGCAGGGUAUUGGAGAAGCGUGGUUUCUAUGUGGCCCCGGAUCUGGGCAAUCAGGAGGUGGAGGAUUUGGCCAAAAGAGUUAAGGCGGCCAAUGAUGGUCUAUCAUUGGCAUUUGGCGAGUGGCAGAAGAAGAAGAAGGUGAAUGUGACGGAAAUAGGACACUUGCAGCUGGCAAAAGUGAACGGUCGGUUGGAGAAAGUCAACCUGCCACGGUUCGCCAAUGAGGCAGCCCUGAGUUUGUACCGAAAAGACUUCAAGAGACGUUGUCGCGAACGCGCGCAGAGCAGCCAAAGCGGUGCGGUCUUGACGAAGGGUUUUUUUCGGCAGUGGGUGUCUGGGAAUCCGGCAGAGUUGUUAGCAUGCUACAUCAUCGGGCGGUUUGCAGCUGCCCCUCAACCUGGAAGCUUCCAAGUUUGUGGCGGGGACCUGCGACCAGAGGUGUUGGCAAAGUUUCUCCAGAAGAUGACGGAGCCGGUCACGAUUUGUUGUCCAGAUCAGGUUCGUGCAGAGAAGUUUCGCAGCAAACACGACGUGGAAGGUGCCAGUGUGGAGGCUGUUCGAAUUGCUUCAGUUGCACCCGACGACAAUCGUGCCGCAAAAUUGCAUCCCACAUUUGGCGCCUCAAUUGCGCGGGAUUGCGCUGUGGUUGGCAGCGCUGUGGCGUGGGCCGGAAGUGAUGGAGAGCAUGACCGUGCAUUGCUGGGCUCUGAGGUGGAAUUGGGUUACUCGUCGGAGUUGACGCAGGAGUUGUUAAGGUCACCACGGUCAAAGUCGCCAGUGGCAGAGGAGAAGAAGAUCAAGACAUCGCGGAAACGGCCAGGCAAGGUGCGAAGGGCGCAAUUGCACAAUGCAGAAAAGAGUUUGGAAGGGGAAUUUGAGAAGGAUCAAGGUAUUUUCAUGUCGAUGGGCGCUCUCUUGCUAGGCAAUAUGUUGCAGGAGUAUGUGAUUGAUGACACCUUCAGCCGAGAGGAUCGCGAAUGGAUCUGGAGACGAUAUGGCACGACAUUCCAAGCGAUGUACACGCUCUUUGAAAUCACGUUUGCUGGAAACUGGCCCACCAGUGCACGACCAGUCAUGGAGAAGGUGAGUCCGUACUUUGUGCUGUUCUUUAUUCCCUAUAUCUGCAUCGUGGUGUUUGCGAUUAUACGGGUUAUCGGCGCCGUGUUUUUGAAGGACACACUGGAUGCAGCGCAAAACGACGCCGAACAGCUGGUCAUCGACCGCCUGCGACUCAAAGAGCAGUACGUGAAUAAACUCGAAGGAAUUUUCCGAGCUAUUGACGAGACUGGCAACGGCCUGAUUUCAGAGGAGCGGCUCUCGAGCAUCUUGUCGAACCCGAAGGUGGCUGCUUACUUCCAGACCUUGGACCUUGACGUGCACAAAAGCGCCGCUUUGUUCCACAUCCUGGACAACGGGGAUGGUGAGGUAACUCUGGACGAGUUCAUCGAUGGAAUUAUGCGUUGCAAGGGCCCUGCCCGUGCCAUUGACCAAGUCGCCAUGCAUGCCGAGCUGAAGCAACUAGAUGCGAAGGUCACCAAAUUGUUCCGGAAACUGUUGAAGGUCUCCAAGGCGUCUCACUUUGAGAUCAAGACCAGGAAUGCGAGCAAGCAGGUCACCGCAAUGAAGGUCUUCCGUGGCGAAUUGGGCUUGGGCAGUCCGGGCAGGGCCUUAUCCAAGUCUAUGGGUUCCAUGACUUUCCCAAGAAGCGGCCGCAGCAGCUACAAGGCCACACAAGAGGAUGGGCAAUGA